AUGGCGGAACCAAUAAUCAAAAUGACUGGUUGCGACCUCCAAAACACUGCUUUCAGGCACUGCUUUAAGGCAAGAAAAUUCGAGUUGAUACCUGCCCCAGUCCAGCUUCACGAGUCCCAUAGCUAUGGAAAAGCGCUCGAAAAGAUUGCAAGCGACACAGGCAAGCGGAUCCUGAGAUAUCGGUAUUAUCUGGCCCGCGGCCUGCAGAGGCCUGUGCCUAAGAUGGCGUCUGCGCCAGUGGUGGAAUCCUUGUCCUUGACGGAACAGGAGCUGAACAGUCCUGAUAGCUUUCCCACAACGUGCCUGUACAAUGUUUCCUCGUUUGAGGAGACUGAAAUUCCCUCCACCAAAGAGGACGUCAAAGUGAAACACAUGCUGGCAACUGACGUGAAUAAG